AUGGUGGUGAUUGAACCGGUUGUUUCACCGAACGUGGAGGAGGAGAAGGUGGAGAAAAGAAUCCCCGAAGUGAAAAACCCGGCGAAAGAUGAAUCCACGGCGUCAUCAUCAUCAGCGGCUGCAGAUUGUGCUGCAGGAUACGCUUCCGAUGGGUUCGAAACAGCCAGCGAAGCUGACCUCACCGAAGAGGAUACUGUAGGAGAAGAAUCGGAGCGAGUGAUUGAGAACACAACCGAAGCUGAAACACGAACUGAGGACCAAGGGGAGACGCGGGAAGAGGGACCAGUGGAAUUGAAUCAAGAGGAAAUCAACGAGAAAGCAUUAACAGAUGCAAACAAUGCUAAAGCUGAAGGUAACAAUUUGUUCAAAGAUGGGCUCUACGAAGAAGCUUUAUUGAAGUAUGACAUUGCCUUACAAGGUGUGGAAAAUAUACCCUCCUCUUCUGAACUGUGUUCGGUGUGCCAUGCUAAUCGUGCUGCAUGCUAUUCCAAAAUGGUAAGCUUAUAA